UGUUCGUUGUUAAUCAUAUUGUAGCUAGCAAACGACGUUGUCAUGCGUCAAACAGUUAACGCGUCACUGACGGAUUCACAUUUCUAGAAACUUCUGCUUUGCAACCAUUAUAUAAGCAUUCGUUAAUGCGAAGCUAAAUGUGCAUAUUAAGUUAAUUAAUUGCUAGAGCGUAAUUAUCACGUAUUGUUGGAUUUUUGUGGACUGAACAAAGUGAGCGCGCCGUGUGCUGGACGUAACCGAGCAGUAUGGACCCACGAAAAGUGACAGAGUUAAAGGGCUUCGUGCAGCUGUGCGAGUCCAAACCCGAGACCCUGCACCUUCCAGAGAUGAGCUUCUUCCGGACCUGGUUGCAGAGUAUGGGUGCAACAAUCCCUCCGCCACCCGAGACAAAGGACUCAUGCCAGGGUGGCUGUCCUUGUGGUCCUCCACCUACGUCAGCUUCACCUCCUGAGCCUGAGCCUCCUGUGCUCUCCGAGAGUGAGGAGAGUGAAAUAGAAAUUGACAAUGAAGGAGUGAUCGAGCCAGACACUGAUGAACCACAGGAGAUGGGAGAGUUUGAGAACGUUGAGGUCACAGAGGAGAUGAUGGACCAGGCCAAUGAGAAGAAGAUGGAAGCCAUCAACGCUCAAGGGGACGGUGACCUGCAGAAAGCUCUGGAUCUUUUUACUGAAGCCAUCAAGCUGAACCCCUGCUUAGCUGUCCUGUAUGCAAAAAGGGCAAGUGUCUUCAUCCAGAUGCAGAAACCCAACGCAGCCAUAAGAGACUGUGACAGAGCCAUCCACAUCAACCCAGACUCUGCACAGCCCUACAAGUGGAGGGGGAAAGCACACAGGCUGCUGGGCCACUGGGAGGAAGCAGCUAGAGACCUGGCCACAGCCUGUAAACUGGACUACGAUGAGGCCGCCAGUGCGUUGCUGAAGGAAGUCCAGCCUAAGGCUAACAAAAUCAUGGAGCACAGACGCAAAUAUGAGCGCAAGAGAGAAGAGAAGGAGAUCAGGGAUAAACAAGAACGGAUAAAGAAAGCCAGAGAGGAGCAUGCGCGGGCUCAGAGGGAGGAGGAAGCACGACAGUUUGGGACAGGAGCAGGAGGAUUCUUCCCAGGUGCUGCUGGGUUCCCAGGCGGAGGCCCAGCUGGCAUGCCUGGUCUCGGAGAGUUCCUGAAGGAUCCUGAGCUGCUCAACGCCAUGAAGGACCCCGAGGUGAUGGCUGCCUUCCAGGAUGUGGCACAGAACCCGGCCAACAUCGCCAAGUACCAGAACAACCCCAAAAUCAUGGCUCUCGUCACCAAGCUGAGUGCCAAAUUUGGAGCUCCGCCACAGCCAUAGACGGGAAAAAGACCAAAGCUGAGGGGAGAGUGGAAACGUGGUGCAUCAGUCUGGAGAGCCACAACACUUUUCAACAAUUAUUCCACUGUGUGCAGAUCAAACAUGGGAGUGGGUGAAGGGUUAAUUGGUGUGAUGGAGAGAAAGCUGGGCAACUUCUUAAAUGUUCUUAAUCCGCCUGUUAGCACUUAGCAGCGUCUCAACAAAGCAACCCCAUGGUUAGGAGUCAGGUCUGACAACCUUUUCUGACUCGUCUCAGCUGGGACUUCACUUAACCACAGGUUGACAUUUCUUAACCUGUAUCUGGAAAAGCUAAACUGGGAGCUCCUGCAUUAAAAUGCUAAGAUCACAAAUAUUUUUACAGCCAUUUAAUAUGUCUUUAUGGUAUAUAGCUACUGGAUUUUUUUUUUCUCUGAACAGAGCCGAACUCUCACACACAACUGUUCAUACAUUUUUGUUAACAGAUCUAUUCUUAAUUCAAAAAAGAAAGUUGUUGAUCUUGAUGUCUGAACCUGUUGGGAAAAAUGAAUCACAAUAAUAAAACCUCUGUUGCUGCAAAA